AUGAAGCUUCUUAGCCCAGUGGCUGUUAGCUUACUAGCAGUUGUUCCCCAUGUCUCUAGCGCAGAGAUCUGUGGCAAUAAUGGAGUUGAUAUUUACAAAGAUGCCACCUGCUCAUCAGCUCAACGGACCGAUGAUCUUCUUUCGCGAAUGUCAUGGACAGACAAGGUGAAACAACUUGGAGGUAUCCGUCAGAUCUUAGGAGAGGACAUGUCCUUCAACAAGACGAAGUUCGAUAUAUUCAACGAGGCACAGAAUGGGAAUAUAGGUUACGGAAACCAAUUCAAUCCUGCACUCCCAGCACUGAGCCUAGUCAAUGAGCUCCGCGAGAAUCAGACUGCAUCUGGACUGGGCAUCCCUUACGUCCUCGUUUCAGAUUCCAUCAAUGGGAUUUACAUAUUCAAUGGGACGUUGUUCCCAUCUACACUUUCCAUGGCAUCUUCAUUCAACAUCCCUCUAUACGGAUCAGCCAUCGCUUCAAUCCGGGAAGAGUGCCGAGCAAUCGGUAUCAACUGGGUACUUUCACCCGAAUUAGACGUUGCGACGGAUCCAAGAUAUGGCCGUGUAGGCGAAACUUACGGCGAAGAUCCCUAUCUGAAUGGUGAAUUCGGCCUGAAAUACGUGCAGACCAUGCAAGUAAAAGAUGAGAGCGGUUUCAUGAAAGUUGCCGCAACAAUCAAGCACUUCGUUUAUGGUUGGGAAACAGGUGGUGUCAAUACCGCGCAUCAAUAUGGUGGACUCAAUCAUAUCUACAACGAUAUGCUUCCACCAUAUAUCAAGAUAAUCAACGAGGCAAGCCCUGCAUCCUUAAUGGCUUCUUAUGCUAGUCUUGAUCGGGUUCCGAUGUCCGCCAAUAAAUUCAUGCUUCAGCGCGUUCUUCGCGAUGAUCUUGGUUUUGAAGGUAUAAUAAUGUCUGAUGCUGGUGCAUUAGUCGAUCUAUCAACAGAGUUCAAGAUCGCUUCAACAUCCCAAGAUGCGGCUAUAUUAGCUGUGAAAGCUGGUAUGCAAAUGGAGCUCUCACCGGGAGUAUCUUCAGCUACGCAAACACUUGUCAAUGUGACCGAUGACAGUGAAUUAACCUCAAUGGUAUCAAAUGCUACACGCAAGAUCCUUGAGCUGAAGUUCAAUCUUGGUCUUUUUGACUUACCUCUUCCCUCGAUCUCAAAUGCCUCGAAGAUACUCAGGGCUCCAGCUCAUCUUGAGGCCGCUCGAAAUAUCUCCAGGGAAUCGAUUGUACUACUCCAGAAUGAUGAUACUCUUCCUCUGAAACAGAACAAAACCUCACAGAAAGUCGCAGUACUGGGACCCUAUGCCUCAAUCAUCGACCCCGGAUCCUACGCAGCACAUAGCACCAGUGACAAGACACACGGAAACUCCCUUCUACAAAGUCUUCAAGCCAAAUUUGGCUCGGUAAACAUCCUCCACGAACCAGGUGUAGACUUUCUGGACCGCACAAACACCACCGGGAUCAGCAAAGCUGUCUCUGCGGCCAAAUCAGCGGGUCUAGCCAUCGUGAACAUCGGCUCAUUAUCCGUAUACUCCAGCGAUCCACUAUAUGACAAACGCACCGACGGAGAAUUUUUCACACACGCCGAUCUCGGAUUCCCAGGUCUUCAGCAAGAACUCCUCGACGCAGUGCUCGACACAGGAGUUCCUACAAUCCUAGUUCUAAGCGGUGGCCAAGCCUUCGUUCUCAAUAACUCAACUCUGCGCGCAAACGCAAUCCUACAUACAUUUCUCGCGGGUGAAUAUACUGGCGACUCUGUUGUGGAGAUACUGACCGGGAAAGUGAAUCCUAGUGGAAAGCUUCCGAUCAGUCUUCCACAGGCUAAUGGAGCAUUCCCGGUUGCGUAUAACUGGCUACCAUCUGAUAACCAUGGCGGAAAUUCCGGCGAGGAGAUUUAUGGAUCUUCAGCAUGGCAGUUUCCUGCUAUAACGAUUACUCCGCCUAUGGCAUUUGGAUUUGGACUUAGUUAUACCAGUUUUAACAUGACUGAGUUCCAAACAGAGGAAAUUGAGACAGAAAAGACAGGUGAAAAAGCCUUUAAGGUUUCGAUUAAUGUGACGAACUCGGGAGAUGUGAUUGGGAAAGAAGUUUUGCAGCUUUAUUUCAGUCAAGACUGGUCUACAAUUGAGUUACCUAUUAAGAGACUUAUUCGGUUUGAGAAGGUGGAGCUUCGACCUGGUCAGGCCAAGACUGUAACUUUUGUGAUUCCACAGAAGGAGAUGGGAUAUUAUGUGAAUAUGGAGUGGAUGGUGGAGAGGGGAGACUACACUUUUCACAUUGGAUCUAGUUCGAAGAGUGUGGACUUGCAGGAGCGUACUGUGACUAUUACGUACUAG